AUGUUGCGUCUACCAACUGAAGUGCUUCUCUCAAUCCUUCAUCUUGUUAAACAAGACAAUCAUCUGGAUUUGUCCUCUAUUGCCAGCACCUGUCGCCACUUCCAGGCUUUGGUGGCCGAUAUUUCUGUCUGGGCUGGCGCGAUCAAGAUAGAUGACAAUCCAUAUUCCCCAUAUUCAUAUACCACGCUUGUCAAAGCAUUGGACAGCGCUGACCUAAUUCGCACUAGCCAAAUUGCUAUGGCUUUAUCAGACAAACACGGUCCACAAUUUCUGAAUCUCUUGCUCAGCAAACAAGCUCAUCAAACCCCUCUCAAGAGUGUGCUUCUUUAUGCACCUGCUGCCCAGCACAGUCAGAUUCUCCAAAUCUUUGCAAAUAAGCCAACUGCUUGGCAAGAAUGUGGAUUGAGAGAUCCAGAAAACCCCUUUUACGUGCUUGAUCGACCAGAAAAAAUCAAUUGGUUAAAGGGGCUACCUUAUCUACACUCCCUUGAUCUGCCUGCCUGUCCGGCUCAUUGGCUGUUGGGCUCCUCAUUUCCUAAUGUUCACACGUUAACAGCUGCAUUAUUACCUUGGAAAGCUCAUCUGAACGAAGAUCCUCGCGAAAGACAACAAGCCUUUUGGACUGAGUUUCGAGCCUCUUUUCCCAAACUUUCUAAUUUAACGCUCUAUAUUGCGGACCCAAAAGCGUUCUCAUUGUUUGUCGCAAUGUUUUCCAAUGCAAGGAGCUUUCCAUGGCUAGAGAGUGUGACCGUAGUUGGUCUUGAGGACCCAAAGCAGUACAUAGAGCAUCAGACAUUGAUAGAUAGUCUGAUGCGCCUAGAAGGUCUGGCGAGGAUCAAUGCAGGAUGGGACCUUGUGGCUCUGCACAAGUUAAUGGUCGAUGCAACUGAAAUGUCUUGCUUAUCAAUACUGACUGGACAAGUAUUAAUCACAUUCUCAGCCACUUUGUGGUUUUUGUCAAAUGGAUUUAUCAUCCUAAUCCUAAUCAUAAUCAUAAUCCUAAUCUUAAUAGUGAUAAUAAUAAAUUUUGAAGUCUGUCAUGACUACAAUUGUGCAACCUUGAAUCACCAAGGCACCAAAUCACCAAUGGACCAAUGGACCAAUGGACCAAUGGACCAAUGCACUGAUCACCAAACGAGAAAACAACUGUCUUCAAAAUGUACAUCAAUAUCUUAA